AUGUUGUACGAAUUAGUUGCAAUUGUCCGUCAGGGCAGUCUUCAAGAAGUUAAAGAUAUUGCUCGCACUCUUGGCCUCCAAGUUAUUCGGUCCGGCGGUGUUGUGCGCGGAUACACCAAUUGGGGACCCUUUACCCUCCCACGACCUACCACGAAGCAUCAAGUCAAGAACAGUGUAGGCCAUCAUUUUAUUAUGCGUUUCGAUGCCUCUGCCCCUGUACAAAAGGAAAUGCGACGAACACUCGGUCUCGACCCUCGAAUGAUACGAUAUUCUGUUGUCAAAUUGGGCUCUACUCUCAGGGAAAUAAAGGAUACGCCUGGUAGAAUCGAAUGGAACGACACAAAGAUACAAGAAGAGACUUUUGGAAACGAAUACAGGCCCUCGCCAUUGACUAGAUGA